AUGCAGCGAAUACCCAAUGGUUUGAAAUGUAAUAUAAACUGUAGUAGAAAAUACGGAAAUAUCUUCAGUCAGUGGUGCAAUAUUUGCAAAUCAUGGAAAGACGAACUUCGUAAACUUUGUCGAUAUAAGAAACAAUGGGACAAAAUCAACUGGAAGGAGAUCGAUACCAUAGAUUUUCCACACUCUUCAACAUGUUCAUAUGAAGCUAUAUCGAAAGUUUUUUGUUGUUUAAGUAUGCGAUUUCCAGAGCACUGGAAAAGUAUUUUGGACUUCGAUUUCUAUGUCCAAACAUUAAAUAACGCAAGCUUCAUAGAAAGACGAUGGCUAAAGGAUACAGUAGAUACACAUUUACUCGAGGCUAACGGAAUCUUAUUGACGGCAAAUAUGGGGUAUGGGAAGUCGUCCAUAAUAUCUAAUAUAUACUGCAAGAAAACAGAUACAUUUGACUUUAGAAAUGUACCAAACUCUCUUGCACUGUUGUACCAAUUAAAUUUCAAAAGAAUUUUUAAAGAUUCCGGAAAUUUAUUUAAUGAUUUCCUACCUGUAUUUGAAGUUCUGUGCACUAUUCAAAAUCCUAUCGAUAACGCUCAUCUCAUUGAAGUAUCACAAAUUGAUGAAAAUAGUAAAAGGAGGCAACUAGAAACGUUACUUGGAAAUGAAUUGGGACAUUUUCUUAAAUUUGAGGAUGGGAAAAUAUCGUUUUUACACAAAUCUAUCAGUGACUUUUUAACUGACGAAAGGAGAAACAAAUUGAAAUUUUUUGUUCAUAAAGAAAAUGGGCACAAGUUGUUCGCGGAAUACUUGCUUGGAAAAUUCAAAAUUAUUUCGACUUCAAAAACUAAUUUGACAGAGCUUAUUCAUCAUGUUGCAAUGAGCAAAAAUUUUGAGUUCGAAACCAGGUUAUUCAGUUUCGUCAGAGAUUUAUUGAGUAGGGAUAAAAUGUUACACUUAGAAUUACUCUAUCAAGUAGUUUGGAAAUAUAAUGAUUACCAUACGACGGAUCUGCUACUCAAAUACAUUGGUGUUGCUGCAAUAAAUACGGUUAACACGAUGAACCAGUCCCCAGCGUUUAUAGCAGCUAGCCAGGAAAAUGAUAUGCAUCUUAAUGCCUUCCAUCUUGCCGUAGAACAUGGUCAAUUGGAUAUAGUGAAGCUUUUACUAAACUAUAACAAGAGUUUUGCAGACACCCACUCUUUAUACAAGGCAAGUGAGAAAGGUCACACGCAGAUUCUAAAACUAUUGCUUGAUACCGGCUCAAAGGAUGAAUGUUUACCAUGUAAUGGUAUGUUUUACUGGCUACCAUUACUAUCUAACAGACAGCAACAAACAAUAAAAUUUGAUAAGAUUAGAUCAGGAUUAACACUCAAUCAAGAUGUCCAUAUCAAAACAUUCUUCUAUGACGAUUGGCGAUUAAUUAUAUGCGAAACGGCUUUGAAUACUGCUGUGCGUAAUGGUCAUCUUGAGAUUGUUAAGAAACUUUUACGUGAAAAAUUCAGUGCUAUUAAUUGUACAACUUAUGACGGUAAAACGCCUUUAAUGACAGCUGUGAGGUAUAAUCGUACGGAUAUUUUUUAUCAUUUAUAUCUGAAUGGUGCCAAUUUAACAACAAAAUGUGUUCAUUCCUUUAAUAUCUAUGAAUUGAGGUCCACGUUAGAUAUUUCGGAAGUGGAUUUAUUAACUACAGAACAAUGUCCCGUUGGGGCAACUCUCGCUCACGUUAUAGCGAUGCACGUUGAAGUUACUACAAAAACAAGCAUACAUACGUUUAAGGAAAUGGAUGAAGUUUGA